AUGGAGUCAAAUGAAAAAACCAACUUAAUAACUAGUCAUGUGUACACAAAUUACUCCAGUAAACCACACCAUUUGCAUUACACAAGUACAAUAAGCCGAGUGUUAUGGCUGGCAUUAGUGGUAACAAUGCCAUGUUUGGCGCCGGGCAUGAGUUUCGGAUAUUCUGCCAUUGUUUUAGAUCAAUUGCCAUUCUCAGUUGAUCAACAAUCGUGGUUUGCUAGUUUACCGUCCACGAUGAUGCCUAUCGGUUGCCUUUUGAGCGGGCCGUUGAUCGACAAACUCGGCCGGAAAACCGCGCUGAUGGUGACCAACCUGCCGUCUUGCCUUGGCUGGUUGAUGUUGUCCAUGCGACCUGUCAACCUGUACGUACUGUACGCGGGCCAACUGCUAGUGGGCAUGUCAGUGGGCCUGUCUACGACCCCGGCCACGGUGUACGCGGCCGAGUGCAUCACGGUCAACUAUACCGGACUGCGCGGGUGCUUCACGAUAAUGACGUCCAUCAUGCUCAACUUCGGCAUGUUCCUCACGUACCUGCUGGGCACCCUAAUGCCCGCAUACGUGGUCGCUUACGUGGCGGCUUUCGUGUCGUUCGCCGCGUUCAUAUUCAUCGGCUUGCUCAUUCCUGAGAGCCCACCGUGGCUGUUCGGACAGGGCCGCCGCGGUGACGCAGAGUUCUCUCAGCGGGUGUUGCGCAUUGCCCAGCCAAUACUACAAACGCGUCGGGCCAUGUCACUAGACGGAGACGCUGCCGCCGCCGUGCGCAUCCGGUCCCGGAUCGUGGACAGGCUGGCCGAGCCGGACGUCUACAAGCCGAUGGCGAUAAUGACGACGUUCCUGUUCUUUCAGCAAGCUUGUGGUUCGUUCGUACUGACCGCGUACAUGAUCCAACUGCUCGGCGGCCUCGGCGUGACCGUCAACAACUACGUGGUGACGCUGCUUGCGGGGUUCACCAACCUGGCAGCCAUGGUCGUGCUGUCCGUGCUCCUCACUCGGUCCGGUUUCAAACAGCUAUCGUACGUGUCGUGCGCCGGCUACGCAGCUUCCAUGGUGCUGCUGGCCGUGUUCCUGCAAUACUACGAUGGUGGCAACACGCUCGUCACCAACGUGGUGGUCAUCAGUUGUGUGCUGCUCAACAUGGCCAUGAAUGGGCUGGGGCUGCGGCCCAUUCCGUACGCCAUGCUUGGCGAAGUGUUCCCCACCGACGUGGCAGGUGUGGCUGGUUCGAUUGUCGCGUGCAUGUCGUCCGUGUUCAACUUCGUCGCCAUUAAAACGUACCCGUACUUGCGCAUAUCCUUGGGCCCGGGCGUGUUCGCGGUGUACGGGGCGCUGGCGUUGCUUACGCUCGUGUUCGUUGCGGUGAUCGUACCGGACACCCGGGGCAAGACCAUCAAGCAGAUCAGCGAUGAAUUCCUGCGGAAGAAGUCGGUCAGCGGUUGUGGCGACGGCAGUUAUCGUAAGGGGAGCUGUAGCAUAGCGGACGAGGUCAUCUGA